CUCCACUUCUUGCAAUCUCCACUUCACUCUCUUUUCCACUCACACUUAGCAUGGAAAAUUGCAGAAAAUCUCCACUCAAACCAUGGAAGAAAGGCCCCGCGAGAGGAAAAGGCGGCCCCCAAAAUGCUAUGUGCGAAUAUAGAGGCGUUCGACAAAGAACCUGGGGCAAGUGGGUCGCAGAAAUCAGAGAGCCAAAGAAGAGAACCCGACUGUGGUUAGGCUCUUUCGCCACUGCUGAAGAAGCAGCAAUGGCUUACGAUGAAGCUGCACGAAGGUUGUAUGGUCCCGAUGCUUACCUUAAUCUACCUCAUCUUCGAUCCAACUUCAACCCUUUGAACAAAUCUCAGAAGUUCAAAUGGUUUCCUUCAAAUAAUUUCAACUCCAUGUUUCCCACCACAGGAUUACUAAAUUUAAACGUGCAGCCGAAUGUACGUGUCAUUCAUCAAAGGCUCCAAGAACUCAAGAAAACCGGAGUUUUUGGACCGUCAUCGUCAUCAAGCUCAUCAUCCAGUGACCCUAAGAACGAUAUCCCGAGCAUAAGUGAUCAACCUCGAGUGGAAAAUCCUCAAAUAAAAAAGAAAGAUGCUGAAUUUUCAUCAGAAAAUGCCUCGACUUGUUGUCAAGAGAAGCCACAGAUUGAUCUCAAUGAGUUUCUCCAACAGAUGGGGAUACUAAAAAGAGAGGAACAGCAUCAAGUAAGUAAUGACUCCAGUAGUCUCACGGAGAUAGACUCAUCAUCCAAAGAGAAUGAAGGAUUUGCUAGCUUUGCAGAUAAAAAUUUUAACUGGGACACACUGAGUGAAAUAGCUGGAACAGAGAUUCAUCAAGAAACAGAGUCCAGUAGCUUCCAUGCGUACGAUAUUAAUGAAGAACUGAACUUUCCCCCAUCUAUCUGGAACUUCUAAAAGAGUUAUAAGAUUUUAUAAAAUAAUUAGUCCAUGCCAUAGGAAUAUUAUUCACUUAUAUAGCCUAGUUCAGUCUUUUGAAGAGCCAGAGUAAGAAAGAGCCAAAGAAAUCAAGGAUAUUGACGUGCCAAUCACAAUGCUAAUGAUGGACAGUUUUCAAAUGUCUGUAUUUGUUUAUCUCCAGAGAUUCAGAGUAAUUUUUAUUUUGUCGAAUUACGUACUUGUGUAUGGAGAAUAGCAACAAUAAGCCAUAACUUAUGAUGUUGCUCUGGCUCCAAUGCAAGGUAGUUAAUGGAU